AACUCGGCGCGUAACAAGGCAAAUUACGCAAGCGCCAUCUACUUUUUUUGAACGGAUAAAUCGUGGAACUAUAACGCUUAAAAUAAAGGUAUUUAGUACUUCUACAAUUCAGUAUUCUAGGGUUUAGUGAAGCUCUUUUCUGUUUCUUACUUUUCCUAUCAAAAUGGGGAAAGCUUUUGGAAAUCUUCAUUAUGUACGAGGAAUCGUAUUCUAUAGAUUAAGUUCAAUGGAACAAAAAGCCUUCGCAGGAAUGCUAAAUCCUGGUUUAAAGAACGUGGCUCGUCGAUUUCGGGAAAAUAUUUUUCGCGUUGCACCACCCUUUAUGCUUGGCUACUUAGUCUACGAUUGGGGUGAAAAAACUUACCAUCAAAAUCAACGCAAGAAUCCCAAGGAUUACGAGAAUGACACGUAAAAAAUGCAGACAAUAUUAAAUAGUUUCGAUUAAUUAGGAAAUUUUCUUUCUUUCUUUCGCUCGUUAUCUAAUUAAAAAAAAUGUCAGCAAUUUACGAUAAAAUAAUUAAAAAAUCUACAACUACAAUAAUAGGUAAAUUUACAAACUUUUGUUUUUCUUAUUAACAGUAAGUAAUUUUCUCUUGAAAAGAAUAUUCAUUUUUUUAAACAACCGUUUGAAUAAAAUAUUGUCUCCAAAAAGA